AAAGGGUGCUCUCCUCAGUCUCUCCUAUCUCAUUUCUCUCUCUCACAAACUCAGAUCAGAUCUUUACAACAGUCUACUCAUAAAUCUUGAUGGCUCUUGUGAUCAGCGAAGGAGCCUCAUCUUCCUCUUUCACCCACCAACCCAAGAACUUUGAUGUCUUCUUGAGUUUCAGAGGUGAAGAUACCCGUUAUGGUUUUAUUAGCCAUUUGUAUGAGGCUUUACAUUUAAGGGGUAUUCACACCUUCAUUGAUGAUAAUCUCCAAAGGGGAGAAAAAAUUUCUACAGAGCUUCUGAAAAUCAUUGAGAACUCAACAAUAUCAAUAAUUGUAUUUUCUGAAAACUAUGCAUCAUCCACUUGGUGUUUGGAUGAGCUAGCCAAGAUUGUUGAGUGCAAGAAGAAUGACCAAUUGGUGCGACCAAUUUUUUACAAUGUGGACCCAUCAGAUGUACGUAACCAAAAUGGAAAGUAUGGAAAAGCUCUAGAUAAAAAUGAAAAAAACAUUAAGCACAACAAGAAAGUACAAAGAUGGAGAAACGCUCUCCAAGAAGCAGCCAAUAUAUCUGGUUGGCAUUACCAGUAUAGUGGCAGCGAGUCCAAAUUUAUCCAAGGAAUUGUUGAAGAGAUCUCAAAUUCUAAAUUAAAUCGCAAGCCAUUAUCUAUUGCUCGUUACCCUGUUGGAAUAGAUUAUCGUGUAAAGACCAUUCUUUCAGAUAUUGAGUCAAAUGAUGCUCCCAUGAUAGGGAUCUAUGGCCCUGGUGGAAUAGGUAAGACCACAAUCGCAAAAGCUAUUUUUAAUAGAAUUUGUGAUCAUUUUGAUGGAUUUUGUUAUCUAGAAAAUUUUAGAGAAAAAUCUGGGACAAAUAAUGGUGUAAUCGAAUUACAAGAGACUUCUUUUUGAGAUCUUAAGGGAUAGAA